ACUAAUACAAAUAAGUCAUAUUUUAUUACACUUCUCCCACAAAAAGAAAGCCAUUUCUUUAUAAAACAGAACACUGAACAGAGCUCAAGACAGAGGAAAAAGAGAGAGAGAGAGAGAGAGAGGAUGGGCAACAACCGAGAAUACAUUUGCUUUUCGAAAGAUCUGAUUGGAAAUGGGUGUUUUCAGAAACUGACAUUUGUAGUAAUAAUAUAUUGGAGCUGCUUUUUGAUAAGCCAAGUGGGUGGUUCCAUCCAUGAAUAUCAAAAUGAAAGCUUUAUCCGCCGUUCCAAUUCUUUCUUCUUCCAUGGUGGAAGUGAAGGCCUUUAUGCUUCGAAGCUCCACAUUGAUCCUGACAGAAAGGGUUCUUCUUCUUCUGAAGAAAACCACUCCAAUGGCAAGUCUUUUAUCAGGUUUGAGUCGAUCAUCUUUCGAAGAACAAAAGAGUCUGCUGAAAAGAAGAAUGAGAUGCAGCAAAAAACGGGAUUGGUUGAAGCUAUAAUAGUUGAUGUAAAAGACAGGGAGAAAAUUGGAGGUUCUUAUUUGCAUUCUUCUGCAAUAUGCUGCACUCCAGAUCUUUCUAAGGACAGAUCCUGCAAGUUAGGGGAGGUGAUCAUCCACCAAGAUCCAAAUAACCCUAAUAGUCCACAACGAAUACAAACCUUCUUUGAAGGAAAAAAUGAAGAGGCUAGUAUGGUGCUUCAAACCGUUGAGAUCAAUCGUACUGGAAUGUACUAUUUGUAUUUCAUGUUUUGUGAUCCAGAACUCACAGGCAUGCUGAUCAGUGGAAGAACUGUCUGGAGAAAUCCAGAAGGUUAUCUUCCAGGAAAGAUGGCACCACUAAUGACAUAUUUUGGAUUAAUGUCUCUCGCAUACCUUGUUCUAGGUGUUGUCUGGUUUUUGUGGUUUGUUCAAUACUGGAAAGAUAUAAUCCAACUGCACUAUCACAUUACAGCGGUGGUUGGUCUGGGAAUGUGUGAAAUGGCUUUAUGGUACUUUGAAUUUGCCAAUUUUAAUGCAACUGGAAGCAGACCAAUGGGAAUCACACUUUGGGCAGUUACCUUUAGUGCUAUAAAGAAGACUGUCUCCCGUCUUCUUCUUUUAGUGGUUUCCAUGGGCUAUGGUGUUGUGCGGCCAACCCUAGGAGGUAUAACCUUCAAAGUUCUCCUUCUUGGUCUUACAUACUUUGUCUUUUCAGAAGUGCUUGGGCUGGUUGAAAAUCUAGGGAAUAUCGAUGACUUAACUGGAAAAGCAAGGAUAUUUCUUGUUCUACCCGUUUCUCUGUUGGAUGCGUGCUUCAUAGUUUGGAUCUUUUCUGCAUUGUCCCAAACUCUAGAAAAGCUUCAGAUUAGAAGGAGCAUGGCCAAGUUUGCUCUCUACCGGAAGUUUACCAAUUCACUGGCAAUAUCAGUGCUGCUCUCCAUUGCUUGGAUUGGUUAUGAGUUGUAUUUUAAUGCAGCCGACCCAUUAAGUGAACUGUGGCAAAGAGCCUGGGUAAUCCCAGCUUUCUGGAAUCUGCUUGCAUUUGUACUUUUGAUAGUGAUAUGCAUUCUAUGGGCUCCAUCAAACAAUCCAACUAGAUAUGCAUAUUCUGAGGAAACAGGGGAUGACCUUGAAGAGGAGGGUAUCUCACUCACUGGCACGAGUGUUAUAUUGGCAGGAGAAUCAGCAACCAAGCCGGAAAGGAAGGAAAGGAAGGUGUCAACUGCAGAUUUAUUUGGGCUUGUGGAAGAGCUUGAGGAGGAUAAAAGAGAAUAGUGAGCACUUCUUCUUCUUCCUAUGUCCCAAAAUGAACUUAAAGAUCAUCUAGCAUGCAUAUACACAAUUUGCCCCCACACUUCUUCACAUAUGAUUACUCUCAUACUUUUUUGUUCACGGAAGAAGGCUGUAAGGGGGAUGAAUAAAGGUUGUUAUUGGGAUUAAGAGCAAAGUCACCCCCCUAUUCCAAUAUACUCAGAAAAGAUACAUUGCACAUUGUUUAGGCACUUAAGGCUUUUACAACUGGGUAGAGCCUUUGUGAAUCAUUUGUGGAAACAGCAUUCAUACUGGACAUUCUUUGACCAAUGUAACUUUAGUUUAAUCUCCUGCUGAGGUUUAAACUUCAUGGAAUGGAUUGAAUUUGGCUCAA